AUGCAGACAUUACCAAGCUCAGAAACCGUUCUUCUACCCUCGAACUCACCACCUGUUCUGUCCGGCGGUGGUGAUGACGUGGACAUCGAUUUCGGUGACGUGUUUGGUGGUCCACCUAAACGACGGUCAAAAGCUAACAGCGAAGCCACUCGACAUAGCUUCAGUGAAGCAGCUACCAGGCGACGUGACGUCAUCGUCGACAACAGCGCGCUGAUGAUUCAUCGCGGUGAGGACUUUUGGGAUGGGAGAGACGAGAAGCCGGUGUUCGGCGAAGAUCCAUCGAUCCGGCGUCGUUUCACUGCUGACGAUUUCUUCGACGAUAUUUUCAGAGUGAACGAAUCAUCUUCAUCUUCGCCAAGGAAGACGACCAACGAACCGUUCGGGUCGUCACUUCCGGGUUCUCGGAUCCUCAGCCCUCACAAAGCAGAAUCGUUUCCCGGACAAUUCAGUCUUCCUGCAAAACUAAUGAAAGCAACAGAGAUUCCUACAUUUGGUUCAGCGACUCGUAGUUUGAGCAAGAACAAAGAAACUACUUCGAGCUCUCCUCUGUCAAGAACUUCGAGCAGAGCUGCUGAUGUUGCCUCUACUGCUAAAUCAGAGUUUGAUGUUUGUGAUGUUGCUCCAAAAGUUGUUAGUGGGAAAGGCAGGGAGUUUCACUUCUCAAUCUACAAGUGGCCUAAUAAAGGAGUUCCUGUUAUCAUCUGGGGUAGUUCAAGAUUGAGCUCUAUGGCUAAAGCUGAGGAGAUUACAACACCAAGUAACUUGCGGUCUACGUCAGUUGAGAAAGUGGGUAAAGAUGUUGAAAGAGAACAAGAAAAUGGGUUUUCUGGUUUGAAAGAGGAAAAGAAGACCUCUGGUGUUCAGACAAAAGAAGAGAAAACAGAAAAGAUAGAUUCCAUGUCUGAACAAGCUAAUGUGAAGCCUCUCCAUUCAUUUUUAGAUGAUAAGGACGAGAGACAAGGUGAGGAUAUAGUCUUAGAUCAAGAAGUGAAGAAAGGUAAAAGCAAAGCGAAGAACAUGAGAAGCUCUGAUGGAGGAGAUUCAAGAAGCAAAAAGAAACCACAAGGCACAAGAAUUUCUUUGGAUAGCCCCGUGAUACCAGAUAAACCCGGUUUCGCUAGCUCAUCAUCAACAGCAGCACCAGAAGUUGUUGGCAAAGAUGGAGUCAAAGGAAAAGUGAUGGACUUUGUUAAGAUUUUCAGUCAAGGAGAAUUUCUUGGACAAAGCUCUAGAUGGAGAGCUAAAGAAGAGACUCACAAGGCAGCUGAUAUCAAUCAUGAAAGUGCUAAUCCCAAAGAAACUGUUAACAACAUUCCUUACCAACAACAACAGAAGAAACCGACUCCAGAUAUCCACGCCAUGGAUCAGGAUCAGAAACCUCCACAGGCAGCUCAGGAAAAGGAUUCAGAUCGUGAGAGCGUGAACAAGAACAAGUCUAGUAACGUUACUGAACAAGAUGAGAGACAGGAACCAAGCACAGCACAUACUACCGCAGAGGAUAUAGACGAGCCCUUCCAUGUAAAUUUCCUGGUGGAGGAUAUAACACAAGCUGAGAACAAAAUGGAAGAAACAAGAAAUGACGCUGAAGAAAUCCAGAACAUUGAUGCGAAAAUCCGCAAAUGGUCAAGUGGAAAGAGUGGAAACAUUCGGUCUCUCCUGUCCACGUUGCAAUAUAUUCUUUGGCCUGGAAGUGGAUGGAAAGCAGUUCCUCUAAUGGAUAUGAUAGAAGGAAACGCAGUUCGAAAAUCAUACCAGAGGGCAUUACUAAUCCUUCAUCCAGACAAGCUUCAACAGAAGGGUGCUUCUUCAAACCAGAAAUACAUGGCUGAGAAAGUCUUCGAGUUAUUACAGGAAGCAUGGGACCAUUUCAACACUCUCGGACCGGUUUAA